GACAACCUUGAGUUUAAAACAAUCCCCCAAGAACAAUACAAAUUCACAAAUAACUCCCAAAAUGACUAGAAUUAUACCAGUUAGAUAUAACCGAAUACUUAGAACUGUACCGAAACAUUAAGAAGCGAGCAGAAAAAAAGCUUUCUGUUUACUCAAGUUCGUGAGAAAUAUAUCGGAGUUAUAUUGGUGACGCGAAAGUUACCGUGGGUGCUUUAAAAAUGGUAUUGAGAUAUCGCUUUUUCGGUGUUUUUGGCAGUCGCGGUAGAAAACUAAGUCAUUACACACCCCCUGGAUAUUCACAAGUUAUUUCAACUGAGGAAGUCAAGAAAUUUUGCAUUCAGUGCUUACAAAAAGUUGGGGCACAAUUAAAACAUGCAACAGCACUCAGCGAUGUCCUAGUUGCUGGAGACUAUCGAGGUCAUUAUAGUCAUGGGCUGAAUAGACUAGAAAUGUAUGUACAGGAUAUUCAGAAAGGUGUAUGCUCAACGGAUUUAGAACCCACAAUUGUGAAAGAAACAGUAUCCACUGCCCUAGUAGACGGAAAAAAUGUUUUAGGUCCAGUUGUAGGAAAUUUUUCGAUGGAGACAGCAAUCAAAAAAGCGAAUGAAACAGGGAUCGCUUUCGUUACGUCAUUUGGUUCAAAUCAUUUUGGUAUUGCUGGAUGGUACAGUCUCAUGGCUUUGCAACAAGGACUUAUCGGCCUUGCGUUUACGAACACUUCUCCCCUGGUAUUUCCUACACGAUCACGAAGGUUAGCUGUUGGAACAAAUCCAAUCACGUUGGCAGCACCUGGCAAGGUUCCUGAGGAUCAUUUUGUUUUAGAUAUGGCUACAAGUGCAGUAGCAUUGGGUAAAAUUGAAAUGAGUCGAAGAAGAGGCAUUGAAAUACCUAAAGGAUGGGGUGCUGAUACUGACGGGAAAACAUCUGUUGAUCCAAAUUUAGUUAUGACAAAAGGUGGAUUAAUGCCACUUGGUGGCGAAGAAGAAAAUAGUGGUUAUAAAGGAUAUGGCUUAGGGAUGCUUGUUGAAAUAUUAUGCGGCAUCAUUGCAGAUGCUGCAUUUGGACCAAAUAUUCGUCGAUGGUUGUCAACUGAUAAACCGGCUAAUCUGGGUCAAUCAUUUCUAGCCAUCGAUCCCAAAGCGUUUGCUCCAGGAUUUGAACAACGAUUAUCAGAAUAUGUCAAUCUUAUGCGUAAUUUACCACCGAAUCUAACUUUGAAUUUAAGAUGCCCGUUAGAUCCAUCCGAAGUUAUUAAGUGCUUGGAAUUGUGUUUACGAACCACGUUAUUCACAUUUCGAGGAGACCUUUACAGACAGAAAGAAGGUGUAGCAGUGGGUUUAUCAGUUUUUCUGAUUGUAGUGAAGUUAUUCAUGCAUUCCGUAGAAACUUCAAGACAAUGGAAUAUUGUCGAAUAAGAAUGGUCUGAACAGAAAGGAUGUUGUUCAACUAGCAACUACUUGGCGAAUGUCGAUAGUCAGAAACCUGUGAUAGUUCCUGGAGAUUUUGAAAGAGAACAUAUGACAGAAUGCGAUGAACUUGGUGGUAUCCCAUAUCCUCCAGUAUUGAUUGAGAGUUUAAAUCGUUUAGCUGAUCAAUUAAAAGUUGAUAAAAUGAAGAUUAUCAAAAGUUUAUAAUCAUCUUCUCCAUGAAUCAACAAUAGAUCCUCUUAAUAAUUUACAUUUUAUAUUGAUCACUUGACAACUCAACUAAUUUUCAACAGCCCUAUAUCUUCAACAAGAAAAAACUGAAUAUUGAAUAAAACGAGUAUAUAUAUUUUUUCGUAUAAGACAUUCUGUAAUGUUUGCUUUGUUUAUUUCAUUUUUACUGUACAAAUAGAAAAAAAAAUUAACACUU